UGGAGACGAGGCAGAGGCUGGCUUAGUGGCGGAAGGCUCAUGGCGUGGAGACAACUGAAAAAGCGGGCCCUGGAUGCUGUGGUCAUCCUGGGGGGUGGAGGACUUCUCUUUGCCUCCUACCUGACAGCCAUGGGGGAUGAGCAUUUCUAUGCUGAAUACUUGAUGCCGACUCUGCAGGGGCUCCUGGACCCAGAGUCAGCUCACAGGCUGGCUGUUCGCUUUAUCUCCUUGGGGCUCCUUCCUCGAGCUACAUUUCAAGACUCUGACAUGCUGGAAGUGAAAGUCCUGGGCCAUAAAUUCCGAAAUCCAGUAGGAAUUGCUGCAGGAUUUGACAAACAUGGGGAAGCUGUGGAUGGCUUGUAUAAGCUGGGCUUUGGCUUUGUUGAGAUAGGAAGUGUGACUCCCAAGCCUCAGGAAGGAAACCCCAAGCCCAGAGUCUUCCGCCUGCCUGAGGACCAAGCUGUCAUUAACAGGUAUGGAUUUAACAGCCACGGGCUCUCAGUGGUGGAACGCAGGUUGCGGGCCAGACAGCAGAAGCAGACCAAGCUCACAGAAGAUGGGCUGCCACUGGGAAUAAACUUGGGGAAGAAUAAAAUGUCGGUGGAUGCUGCUGCAGACUAUGCAGAGGGGGUUCAGGUCCUGGGCCCUUUGGCUGACUACCUGGUAGUGAACGUGUCCAGUCCCAACACAGCUGGGCUGCGGAAUCUUCAGGGAAAGGCUGAGCUGCGCUGCCUGCUGACCAAGGUGCUGCAGGAGAGAGAUGCCUUGAAGGGAAUGCAGAAGCCAGCAGUACUGGUGAAGAUCGCUCCCGACCUCACAGCUCAGGACAAGGAGGACAUUGCUAGUGUGGCGAGAGAGUUGAGCAUUGAUGGGUUGAUUGUCACGAACACCACAGUGAGUCGCCCUGCUGGCCUCCGGGGAGCUCUGCGUUCUGAGACAGGAGGGCUGAGUGGGAAGCCCCUCCGUGAUUUAUCAACUCAGACCAUCCGGGAGAUGUAUGCGCUCACCCAAGGCAGAAUUCCCAUAAUUGGGGUCGGUGGUGUCAGCAGUGGGCAGGAUGCACUGGAGAAGAUCCAGGCUGGUGCCUCCCUGAUUCAGCUAUACACGGCCCUCACCUACCAGGGACCACCAGUGGUGGGCAGAGUCAAACGGGAGCUGGAGGCCCUCUUGAAAGAACGGGGUUUUAGCAGAGUCACAGAUGCCAUUGGAGCAGAUCAUCGGAGGUGAGGAUGUUGGACAGAAGCCUGUGACUGGAUCAUGUGAAGGACUCUAAAGCCAUAUCCCCAAACCACAGCUUAGCAGGACUGUAACAGCCAAUCAUGGGGAGGUCACCAGAGUCAAUGAAGGCUUUUUUCAAUUGCUUGCUCAAACCAUAAACUUAUAGUUAUGAUUCUUUCUGGAUCCAAAUCCCAGGAUCCUUCAAUUUGUAAGGCCAUUGACUAUUUUGGGGAAAAUCAUGGAAAAGAUAAAACCUGGAUUUGAACAUACCCUCUUUCUGCAGGACCAGGGCUUUGUCCAGUGCUACAGGUCUUUCUAGGCCACGCUUCCUGGAUCUGCUGUGGGCUUCCCAGGAUGUGACUUUAAUUUUACCUGUUUUUAUUUAUCUUAGAAAUUUUAACUUUAUUUUGAAAUUACUUCAAACAUAGACAAAAGUUGCAAGAAUGGGGCUGGGUUGUGGCUCAGUGGUAGCACUUGCCUAGCAUGUGUGAGGCACUGGGCUCAAUCCUCAGCACCACAUAGAAAAAUAAAUAAGGUUAUUAUGUCCAACUCCAAUUAAAAACAUCUUAAAAAUUUAAAAAGUUGCAAGAAUGGUGUAGUGAUGCUGGGUGCUGUGUCUGUAAUAAUCCCAGAGGCUCAGGAGGCCAAGGAAAGACCCUAAGCAACUUUAGCAAGACCCUGUCUCAAAAUAAAAAACAUAAAUAGAAAAAGCUGGGGAUAUAGUUCAAUGGUAAAAGCACCCCUGGGUUCAAUCCCAAGUACCCAGGAGAGUGGAUUAGGUCUCACCCUACUGACCUCACUUAAAUUUGAUUCUCUCUUUCUUUUUUCUUUAAUAUUUUUAAUUGCCGAUGGACACAAUAUCUUUAUUUUUAAUUUAUUUUUUUAUGUGGUGCUGAAAAUCAAACCCAAUACCUUGUACUUGCUAGGCAAGCACUCUACCACUGAGCCACAACCCCAACCCACUUGAUUAUCUCUUUAAAGACUCUGUCUCCAGGGCUGGGGAUAUAGCUCAGUUGGUAGAGUGUUUGCCUCACAAGCACAAGGCCCUGGGUUCAAAUUCCCAGCACCACAAAAAAAAAAAAAAAAGACUCUGUCUCCAAAUAAG